UCAGCAGUCAGUUUGAAGCGCAAAGACAGUUGCCAAAAAUGUCUGAACCAGUGCAGAUUUUCCAGUCGGAAAAGCUAAAAUUAUCCGUUUCAAAAUUUGGUCAACUUCCGUCGGAAUCCCCGGAAUGUCUACACGUCCAGAAGUUUACCUGGGAGACGUCGAACCGGCUGACAUUCGAAGUGAUCACGCUGGAUGCGGCCAUCGUUGGUCUACGCGUUCCCGAUCGCGACUUUGAAGCCGAAGAGGUGAUCCUCGCCAGUGGUAGCUUGAAGGAGUACCUGCACUACGAUGGCCAGAAGCUGACUUCAGCGAUUCAAUCGGUUCCGCUGAAGCGACGCAGCGCUUGGUCCCAACGCCUUUGGUCACCGUACGUCAACGGGUCGGAUCUGAUAAUGACCAACGUGGUCGUGGAGGAGUGUCGCAAUCUGAUGAUCCGGGUCAAGUUCAGCGUUGCGCACAACAACGUGAUUCGGAUGAACUACGAGGUCGUGAGCGAUCGUGUGCUGCAGCUGGACACGGGUCACCGGAUGGUCCUGAACUUGGGCGGGAAGAUGGCGGCCCACUUUGGGACGUACGAUCACGUGGUGCAGAUCAACGGGGAUCGGUUCUAUCGGGUUAGGAAGGGUCAUUUGAGGGACAACGUGGAGAAGGAUGUUGCGGAGGAUUUGGCUGAUUUGAGGGUAGCACAGCACGUUGGUAUGGCGAUCUACAAAUCGGAGCAGGAUGGAUUCAAUGGAGUCUACAAGCUGAUGGGAUCGGAUCAGGAUCAGGAGUUCAACCUGCGAUUGAUCCAGGCGAGACGUGGACGAGUGCUGGAGGUGUACUCAAACUUCCGUUGGUUACACUUCUCGACGUUGGAUGAGCUGCCGAAUCCGAUGGGGUUGAUCGCACCGUUUUACGCAAGCUUGGGAGUUAAGCACGUCGGGCAGAUCUUCGACUUGGAAGGUUUGGUGAACUCAGUGGUGCGAUUCAUCGAAGGAGACGACGAAGAACCGGUGGAAAGUGUAGUUUCUGUUCCACGUUCGGAUACGGUCAACGAGUCGGAGGUUCGAGUGAUGAUCGACGACCUGCUGCUGAAAGAUAUCGAGGAGAAGAUUCAGGCGCUGAAAGAUGCCAAAAUCCUGACUCCCAGAGAAGCUCGUGAGAUUAUCGAGGAUCUGCUGCUACUGAGUCUGGAAAGAAUGAGUAAAUCAAGCGUGGACUCGCGUUCGAUCGACGAAGAAAGCAUUCGGGCGUUCAUUGAAGAGUUGGUGAUGCAAAAUCUGGACAGGAUCAGCGACGAGGAACGGAUUCGGGAGCUGAUUGAAGAGUUGGUGCUGAAGACGGUGUCCAGAACCAGCUUGAGCAGCAUGAGCAGCAGCACGGAUGAGCGACUGUCGCGUAGUACGGUCGUGGAGGAGGUGCUUCGACGUUCCGGAGAAGGAUCAACCGAGAUCGAAGAACAAAGUGAGGAACCGCUGCACGAGUUCCAGAAGCAUUCCGGUAUUUUGUUGCAACUUUCGGGACAACCGCUGCUGAAAAAGUGCAGACGAAAAAGUGUUUUCACGAUGCCCAACCAUGACCGGCAGCUAGUUUACAAGCACAGCGUUUUGCUGAAAUUUGGACUGUGCCGAGCUCCCUCAACUGGUGAUCAGUCCAACACAUCGAUAUGAGAAAUAAAAAAAAAUCUUGAUAUUUGUCAGAACUUCCACUAUUGUUCCUGGUCCCGUG